UCCACCACAUACUCUCCUCUAUAAAUGCCCCCCUCACAACAUAAUUUUUUUUCCCACAAUUUAUCAGUUAAAAUAUAAAAUUUCAUUCUCUCCCAAAUUAAACACACAUGCAGACAAUGGAAGGACGACAAUAUAAUUACCAAGACAGCAUAAACAGGAGCUCCUCCAUGGUGGUGCCUCACUCGCCGUGGCACUCUCCGGUUCCUUAUCUCUUCGGUGGUUUGGCCGCCAUGUUGGCUCUCAUCGCGGUCGCUCUUCUCAUUCUCGCCUGUUCUUACUGGAGACUCUCCGGCUCCGCUCAGAGUGAUCUCGAGGCCGGAGAUGAUGCUAAACCCGACAAUGACACUAACAAGUCUAAGCCCAUGGCGAUGCCGGAGAAGUUUCUCGUCAUCAUGGCCGGUGAUGUCAAACCUACAUACUUGGCUACGCCGGCGACUCGGUCUGAGCAAAGCUGUACUUGCGGCGAUCAUAACGCAGAAGAAGGAAGAGGAGGUUAGUGAUCAGGUGGUACGGCAGAGCACCGGAGGUUACGGUGAGCCGUCAUUCAUCUUUUGAAAACAGAGCAAUCGUUACGGAGUACUCUGGAUUGUUUAAACCGGAAUCAAUCCAUCCGGUCUUUUUGUGUCGGGUCGGUUCAUAAUUACGCCAACCUUACGUGAGCGGAUAUAGUUAGAGUUUUAUUUACUUCGUAUGGUUUUUUUAUUUUGGUUGUCUUAGUUUUCUUCUAAUUUUUGCCGUUUAUGGGUCAUGAAUUUUGAAUAGAUUAUGGUUUUGGACUAGUGAUAAAAGAUGGAACUAAAACUUGACUGACAAAUUAAGCGAUAAAAGAUAUAUAAUGCAAGUAAAAUUAAAUACAA